AUGAACCAUGGACACGACCCUAGCCUGGAGAGGCCGCAGUGGGACUCGUUUCACCCCUGGUUUCUCCAGUAUAUCGAUUUCCAGGAGCGCAAACCCUUCCUCCAGAUCCUCAAUGGUGUUCGUGCGGCUGAGAUGGUCCCUCUUGUUCACCUACCGUUACUACUUCAUUUUCUGGGAUAUGAAAAGAACAACCACAGUAUGCGCAAAACACCCCGGCGCCUGAGAACCUAUAGCUUUCGGAAUGUGAAUGUUGGCUGCCCCUGCCAGGGCCGAAAUCGCCUCGAAUUGUGGUCCAUCAACGCCCUGGCUUUUUCCGAUUCCCCGACGCUCAAUGCUUUCUCCCCUAAACCCUGCUAUCACCGGUUGUUCUAG